UCGGUCCGCUGAUGAGUGUUCUACUCGUGGACACGAUCGGAAGAAAAUGGUCUCAUCUGAUCACGGCGAUUCCGUUCAUCGUCUCCAGUAUAAUGAUUGGUUUCGCGCCUAGUUACUGGUGGCUCGUAUGUGCGAGAUUCAUUGCAGGGCUUGGUUGCGGUUGGUCGUUCAUGGUGGCGGCGAUGUACCUCGGGGAGAUAGCUAACGACGAAAUUCGCGGUGCAUUGGCAGCGAUGAUCAGUCACAUGUUGAACGCCGGAAUUCUGCUGACCUACGCGAUCGGUCCGUGGGUAAGCCGUCUGGGUCUAGCGUGUCUGGGAAUCGCGUUGCCGGUAGCAUUCGGUCUGUUGUACAUCUGGAUGCCGGAGUCGCCUUAUUACUUGGUGAUGAAAAAUAACUCCGAGCGGGCGACUAAGAGUUUACAAUGGCUCAAGGGAUCGGCCGACGUAAAAGCGGAUCUGGCGAAGGUCGAACAGAGCAUAGAAUUCGAUCGACAGAAUUCAGGCUCCUUCAAGGAUCUGUUGAUCGUACCUGGAAAUCGAAGGGCGCUGAUCAUCGUCCUCGGGCUGAUGGUAGCGCAACAAUUCAGCGGGAUCAACGCGGUUCUCGCCUACAGCGGUCUGAUAUUCGAGGAGGCCGGAUCAAAAUUGGGUUCCAGUGUUUCGGUCAUCAUCGUAGGAGCUGUCCAGGUAUUCGGUGGGAUACUGUGCAUCUUCACGGUAGAUUUGGCCGGUCGGAAACCGUUGCUGUUAAUUUCCGCUGGUGGCUCGAUCUUCUGUUUAGGAGGAGUGGCUCUCUACUUCCAGUUGGAUGCGGUCGAAAUCGAAGUCGCUUCGAUAUCUUGGCUUCCGCUGGUCGGUACGGUCGGGUAUAUUAUUUUCUACACGGUUGGACUGGGACUUUUACCGUACGUCAUACUCUCGGAGAUAUUCCCGUACAACGUAAAAGCUUUCGCGACUAUGGCCACCUCGAUUACGGGAGCCAUAGGCGGAAUGGCCGUUUCGAAGCUUUAUCAAGUCGUUGCAGACGCGUGGGGGAUCCACACUUCGUUUUGGGGAUUUGCGGGAAUUACUGUAGGUUCGAUUAUAUUUAUUAUAUUCGUCGUACCCGAGACGAAGCAGAGGUCACUUCAGGAGAUUCAGGAGGAAUUCCAUCCGUCUAAACGAUCAAAUACUUCGCCGAGCGACUCGGCGCCCUCACGAUUCUGAUGAGAUAAUCAAAGAUUCACGAUACGAAAGGAUGAUCCUUUGCUACCCGAAUGAAAUACGUUGAACGAGAUAAAUCUACAUUCUUCUCGCAUAAUCCAACUAAUUACUAUUAGUAUUAAUUUUGUGUUACAUGGGCCGGAAAUUUCGGUCUGGUAACAACGCAGAAUGCUUAUCACACUGGUCAAAUAACGACACCGUUUAUGACGUUCUUCCAUUGUCAGAAUUUGCUCUAAUUUCACAUGAUGAAGACAGUCGCUGAAUUUUUAUGGCCUCUUGAUUCGGAACUCUAAUCUGUUAUAUUUCUUAAAUUGCCACAAGUAGAUUUAGCAACUCUUGCAAUGGUUUUUCUUACACGUGCACUCUAUAAAGAAAAAAAAAAACAAAAAAACAAAAAAAAAAAAAAACAUUCCUUCGCAUUA